CCUUCCGUCCGGGGCAAUGAGGAAUUGUUUUCUUUUUUUUUCCUUGAAUGCAGUUUUGGGGCUAGGAUUUUGGGGUGUCGCUGAUUAUUUCUCGGCUGUGAGUGUUUGGUAUUUGAAGAUUUGGAGAGUCUGGCCGUAGUCUUUCAGGCCGGGAGAGGUAGUGGACUCCCCGCGCUCGCUCCUCUGCUGGCGGGACCGACGGCCGGACUGCAGCGCCGGACCCGAAGAGGAAGCCGAGUGGAGCGCAGUGUGGCACUUGCUGGACCCCGGGUCGCUACUGUCAUACCAUGCUUUCCUGUGACAUUUGUGGUGAAACAGUAACCUCAGAACCGGAUAUGAAGGCUCACCUGCUAGUUGUUCACAUGGAAAAUGAAGUUAUAUGUCCUUUUUGCAAAUUGUCAGGUGUAAAUUAUGAUGAAAUGUGUUUUCAUAUUGAAACUGCUCAUUUUGAGCAGAAUACACUAGAGGAAAGAAACUUUGAGAGGAUAGAUACAAUGCAGAAUGGAACUUCAAAUAACAAGGACAACAGUCUACAGAGUACAGUGGGAGUUAAUUCAAGUAUUCAUUCAGCUUGUGCAUCUAAUCAUCCAAAAGGUUCAGCUCAAAGCUUGCCUGAGGAUGAUACUUUAAAACGUAAAGAAGUUUAUUCAGAGAACUUAAGUGAAUCUAGAAAAUUCCAGAAAAGUAGGGGAAAACAGUCUGGCUUAUCUGAAAUAAAAGAACCAAUUUAUGAAACAAUGUAUAGUCCUCCUGAAUGUCCAUUUUGUGGAAAAAUAGAGGAAUGUGGUCAAGAUAUGGAAACUCAUGUGAAAACAAAGCAUGCCAGUCUUUUAGACACUCCAUUAGAAGACUGUGUUCAGCCAUUCUAUGACUGCCCUAUGUGUGGGCUCAUUUGUACAAAUUACGAUAUUCUCCAGGAACACGUUGACCUGCAUUUAGAAGAAAGCAGCAUUCGACAAGGCAUGGAUAGAGUCCAGUGUUCUGGUGAUCUAGAAUUGGCUCACCAACUUCAACAAGAAGAAGACAGUAAGAGGAGAUCUGAAGAAUCAAGACAAGAAAUGGAAGAAUUUCAGAAACUGCAGCGACAAUACGGUUUAGAUAAUUCUGGAGGAUACAAACAACAGCAAUUACGAAACAUGGAGAUUGAAGUAAAUAAGGGUAGGAUGCUUCCAUCUGAAUUUCACAGAAGAAGAGCUGAAAUGAUGGAAUCGCUAGCUCUUGGUACUGAUGAUGGAAAAACAAAAACUUCUGGAAUUAUUGAAGCCCUUCAUAGAUAUUAUCAGAAUGCUGCCACAGAUGUGAGGCAUGUGUGGCUUUCUUCGGCAGUGGAUCACUUUCAUUCAUCUUUAGGAGACAAAGGUUGGGGUUGUGGUUACAGAAAUUUCCAAAUGCUACUUUCAUCAUUAUUACAAAAUGAUGCCUAUGAUGAAUGCUUGAAAGGUAUGUCAGUUCCUUGCAUUCCAAAAAUUCAGUCUAUGAUUGAAGAUGCAUGGAAGGAAGGUUUUGAUCCUCAUGGGGCCUCUCAACUUAAUAACAAGUUACAGGGAACAAAGGCCUGGAUUGGAGCAUGUGAAGUAUAUACACUCCUGACCUCCCUGAGGGUAAAGUGCCGUAUUAUUGAUUUUCACAAGUCAACUGGUCCUUCAGGUACACACCCUCAUUUAUUUGAAUGGAUCCUGAACUAUUAUUCUUCAGAGAGGGAAGGGAAUUCCAAGGUAGUAUGGACAUCUAAACCUCCUAUCUAUCUCCAGCAUCAAGGUCAUAGUCGGACAAUUGUUGGAAUUGAAGAGAGAAAAAACAGAACAUUAUGUUUAUUGAUAUUUGAUCCUGGAUGUCCUUCUCGAGAAAUGCAGAAACUAUUACAGCAAGACAUAGAGGCUAGCAGUCUCAAGCAACUUCGGAAAUUUGUGGGAAAUUUAAAGCAUAAGCAAUACCAGAUAGUGGCAGUAGAGGGUACUCUUUCUUCAGAGGAGAAAGUUGCCAGGAAACAAGCUUCUCAAGUCUUCACAGCAGAGAAGAUUCCUUGAAGAAUUGAGUAUUUUAAUGAUUGUGGAAUUAUACUUCAUUUUCCUAAUUCAGAUAUUGAACUCCUUAAUAAAAUUUAAGAAUCUGAAUUCUCUAAGUACUCAACAUAUAAUUUAAUUUCUAAAAUGCCUUUAUUAAAUUAUACCUGUAGUACUUUCUUAUUUAGUAAUUAUUUCAAUAAAAUGUCUCGUUUGCAUUAUGA